AGGUCACGGCUGUUGACUGCGACGGGGCUAGCUUGGCACAACUGCGACAGCGGGAGGACAAGGUGAAGAUUGUGCAGAUGGACUUGGAGGAGGCAGGAACCUCCUUGAUGUCCUUGGGCCACUUUGAUGUGCUGUUGGUAGUGAACUUUGCUUGCAGAUCUCUGCUCCCAAAGCUUCCCAAGCUCCUGAAGGAUGAUGGGAUCUUCAUCUUUGAAUCAUGGGCUCAAGGCAACGAGAGCUAUGCCACUCCCAAAGAUGCCAAGGCAUUGCAAGGGCUGCUUCGUCCCAACGAGUUAUUGGAGGCGACGGCAGACUUCACUGUGUUGGCCUAUGCACAUGGACUUCAAGAAGGCUACGAGGGCAGGGACUGCGUCAAGCAAAUGAUCUGCUGCAAGAAAAACCCGCAACCAGGACCUCAUGGACAUGUCGUGUGUCCUUUGGCGCGUUUGCUGAGUGGCGAUGCAGCCUUCUUGGAGGAUGCAGCCUUUGGUAAAAGCUGGGUCCACAGCGUUCGUGCGGCUUUAGAGCUUGACUUCGGCAUUGAGGAGCUCCUGAAUCUGUUGGUGGGAUACGACCCUGCCACAGCACGGAAGGAGUAUUUGGCACGAAUGGGAUCUUCAGCGUCGCGACCAGCUUUGUGGGAUGUUGUACUGGUGCGGCGAACUGAGGGUCGUACGGAGUCCAUGAAGCCUGAAGAGGUCAAGGAGUUCCUCAGCAAAACUGAUCUGAAGACCAAAGCUGAUGUGUUGAAGAGAGGAGAAGGUUGGACUUUGGUGGUUUCGCAGCUGCAGGGAGCUCCAGCGCUAGCGGAAUUGCAUCGAAGGCUCUUUGCAGCCACAGGACUGGGCGGAGGCAUCAACGCCUACUUGACACCUCCAGGCUCCAUUGGAAAGCCACCGCAUAUCGAUGACCAUGACGUGGUGGUGCUGCAGUUAUCCGGAUCGAAGUGUUGGACACUGUUGGAUGAUUCACGAUCAAAUCCUCGAGCUGAAGUGACGUUGGCACCCAAGGAUGUCAUGUAUUUACCACAAGGCAUCCCACAUCAUGCUGCUGCCUUGGCAGUGGACGACCCAUCCCUGCACUUGGCGGUGGCUUUGCAUCGGCGACCCAUGGCACUCAGCAGUGUGCUGGCUGCCCUGCUGACGCUACGGAGCUUGGACCCUGGCGAGGGCGCAAUGCUACAAGCAUCCGUUGUGGAAGAGAUGGAGGGCCGAAGUCAAUCUUUCGCGGCCUUUGGAGCCCGCGAGCACUGGUUGAACCAACUGCUGCCAAUGCAUUUGCCUUUGGUUCAUGCAUUGGCUCCUGAAGAUGUGGAGAUAGGUAUUCUGGAAGCCUUCUGUGACCUUCUGCACCGUCGAGCGCUUGAUCUUGCAGAACUGGUUCGAAGUCAAGAUUGCAGCGAUGCAGACGUCGGUUUGCCACCGGGUACAGCACGGCAGCGCGCCUUGCUGCGAGCCUCUGCCGCAGGCAGUGAGAUGGAGUUGGAAGAGGCUGCGAAAUUGCCAAAGCAGGACUUUUGCAACCUAUGCUGUGCUGCUUUCUGGACACGGCGCGAGUUCGUGAUGGAGCAGCACUUCCGACAGAGCGGCGCAUGGGAGGUCGUGGAAAGAUACGAGAGGUGCUCCCUCACCCGCUGCGCCCUGCUGCAUCGUGGCCGCUUGAGGGUCAAUGGCCACCAGCUGCAGUUGUCAGCCAAAGCGCUGGAGGCUGCCUGCGCGCUUUUGCGAGGCCGUUCACUUGAAGAAGUCUCCCAAGAGUCCAGCCAUGCACAGGAGGCCGCAGCCGAGCUUCUGCGCGUUGGUGCGCUGGAGAAAAGAGUCACCUCUGUGGGUUUCGUGCCCGAGGGCGUUGAGUUCAAUCUGCUCAUCACCCGCUCACUGGACAAUACCAUGAAGAUCUGGGACUGCCGCAUGCUGUCUGAUGCCAAGGGUCCUGUGAAGGUCUUCGAUGAUUUGCGCACCGCCCAUGAGAAGACGGGAGUGUGCACGUCUCCAGAUGGUCGCUAUGUCGUCACGGGCACAUCCCUCUCCAAGAAUGCCCUAGGCGCAGCCACCCUCCGGGUCUACGAUGUAAAGACCAUGACUUUGGCGAAGAGCUUGGACUUUGGCAAGAAGUCAGUCUUGCAACUGGCAUGGCCAAAGGACUUGAACCAAAUCCUGGCCACCACUACGGCCGGUGACGUGGUGAUGCUGUACAGUCCAUUUUCCUCAAGGAGGCAGCCAGAACACCUUCACAUCUUUAUUGGGGCGAGUUGGGAAGAAGGCUCGGAAACCUCGAGACCGAAACCAACGCCUGCAUUUGUUUGGGUAGAAUCCUCGCGGAUUGCUCGUGCUGGCAGUCCUAUCAGCACGUCCCCAGAGGUUCCCAGUUCCCAAGUCUUGGAGGCCAAGACCAAGUCAGCCUUCAGCCAGCUGGAGGAAGCAGGCACUGGGCCCAUCUUCAAUAUGACGGACCCAGACGAGAUCAAGAAAUUCUACUCAACUGGUUCAGGGCUCAGGGACGGCGCCCUCUCCAUGUUUUCACCUGUCUUCGGCUCGGCUUUGCCGCGCUCAGAACGAUUCAGGUACCGCAUCCGCCGGAGUGAGGCGCGAGCCGCGCAGAAGACGCUGACGCCCACGCGGCCAGAGGAGUCAGGUACCAAGAUGCCCGAUCAGAAGUUUGGUGACUUUGCUGCCUUGGCCUUGAAGGCCGGUGCCAAGACAUUGCACCUCAACAGCACUCGAGUGACUGACAGCGACUCCCAGAAGGCCUUGCUGGAAUACCAGGAUAAAAUCUCUGCGGCGCAAAGCAACAUGUUGGUGGACAACGCGUACUCCAAAACGCAGCCCAACAAAAUCCUGGACUUUUCGGAAGAUGUCUCGGAGGGUGACAAGAGGAUGGCGCUGGCCAUGCGUGGCGAGUUCUGCCGGAAAUGCGGCAUGAAAAACUGCAGAUGUGUGGACUAUUCCGUCUAUGGCCAGUCGGGAAAGAAGCAACGCACAGCUUAG